UUUCAUUUCCAAUUAGCCGAACAUUGCAUAGGUUUUCUCCUCCCUUCCCUCUCUCACGGCGGAGCUGUGGCGCUCAUCGGCGGCGCCGGCGCAUGCCCCCUUGCCGGUGCGCGCACUCGCCCGAGGGGGAGUGCGCCGCCGUCGAGUGGCCUUGCCUCGGCGCCCCUCCCCCGUUGUCUCCCCUCAGCGGCAUCGGCUACGGCCGGCGGCGGCAGAGUACUGCCCGCUCGCGUCGGCGGCGGCAGUAGAUAUUCCCGCGUGCGUCGGCGACGGCCGGCGGCGGCGAUGGACUCCCGCGCUCGUCGGCGACGGCGGUGGACUCCCGCGCGCGUCGGCGGGUGCCUGCGGCGGCGGUAGAUCUUCCCGCGCGCGUCAGCGACGGCCGGCGGCGGCGGCGGACUCCCGCGUGGUGUCUGCGACAACCGGCUGUGGGGAGAUUGCUGUAGGGGCAAGGAAAGAAGUGCCUUCCCUGCAAGCGACUCUGGGGCAUCUAUCCAGAACCAAAAACAGAUUUCCUCGCAUAAAUAUGCCAUCCUAGAUGUAGACUCCACUUUACGAGUUCUUGAGUUCAUCUCCGACGAAGAGAGGAGGAUGAUGGCUCAGUUCUUCUGCCGUAUGUGGGACAGAGCACAAGGCAAGCUGUAUGUGGUGAGGAUUUGCGACAAGGUGUUCACCGAGCUGUCCGACAAGAACACGCAGCUCCUGGACAUCAGCUCCCUCCAUGUUGCCACCCUCAUGGUUUACAACUCGAUUAACAAGCAGUUAGCUGGUCCACAUAAGGAUCCUCCAUGCAUGAAUGUUGUCGCCAAGCAGAUGGAGCAAUACAAGAAGGAAACUCCCGAGGGGAUAACACUGGAAGAGUUCCGGAGGCUGAUCAUGGAGUGGGUCCGCAAGGACCUGCGGCUCGUCCUGGCGAACAAGGCGGCGGUGGCGAUCAUGGCGGCGCCGCUGCUCGCCGUCACGACCAAGAGCGCCGGCAGGCAGGUGCCGAGGGUCGGGCCCGCCGUGGAGAAGGUGCCCACGCCGCUGCUCUUCACCGUCUUCUCCGUCGGCCUCAUGUUCCUGCAGGACAUCCGGGCGGGCAAGCAGUGACUGAGUAAAAACACACACCAGCUUAAUCCAUCAUUUGGGUUGCAGACUUGCAUCAGUUAACGCUCUAUAAUACUCACGUUAACUGAUGUAGUACAUAUGACAGUGUAUUAUCAAGUUAGAGAGGCCUUUGAAUUUCAGGCAUGAAAAAUGCUAAAUCAGAAGGAACUAUUUGUAAAGUAACGCAAGAGAGUAGUUUCGCAGGCCUGAUCUGCAAUUGAAAUGCUGGCAUUAUAGCGAGAAAA